GAUAAUAUUCAAAUCAUUCUAACAUAAUAAUAAUAUGGUUAUCAUUGUGUGUAUAUUUGAUUAAUUAUGAUCAAUUGUGUAAACCAUUGAUGAUGAUGGCAAACACAUUGAUAAUUGGACAGGAAUCUUCACAAAUUCUUAUCACAAUUGGUCUUUCAUUUACAUUAUUUAAUUUAUUGAAUAAUUUUUUCGGUCAAAUUGAUUGGUGGUUUCUUGGCGAAUCAAUACGAAAAAAGAAAAUAAAUUUUCGUGAUUUUUCACGAAAAAAACCAACAGAAAUUUAUGAUAGAUGGAAAUGGCGAAACAUUAUUGUUUCAUUAAUUCAUUCAACAAUUUCCGGUUUAUUAAUAUUUUAUUUAACAUAUGAUUGUUUCAUUUCACCGAAUGAUGAUAUCCAAUUAACAAAUGAUCAUUAUUAUGCAAAAUUGCAACGUUUAUCCAUUUGUUUUUCAAUCGGUUAUUUUAUCUAUGAUACAAUGUUAUCAUUAUCAAAAUUGGGCAAAUAUCCUGACCGUAUUGAAAUAAUUAUACAUCAUGUGAUAACCAUAAUUCCAUUAACAGUCGUUAUCAUUCCAAAUUAUUCCGAAACAAAAACGAAUCCAUUUCAACGAUUCUUACCGUUCUGUUUAUUUGGUCUUAUCAUUGAAUUGAGUAACAUAUUUAUUCAUAUACGUUCAAUUGGGAAAAUUUCUCAAUUCUGGUCACAAUAUCCGAAUAUUCUUAAUCGACUCAACAGUAUAUGUGCCAUAGUUUCUAUUGUCCUAUUUCGUUUCUAUCCACUUUUAAAAAUAUGGAUUGAUAUUUAUAGAAAUUAUUAUUUAAAAUCCGAAUAUAUUGUCACCAUUUGGGGAAUCAUAGCAAUAUCAUUGAUAAUGUUAGCAUUUAUGUUUAUAAGCAUUGUGAUAUUAUGGCGUAUUAUACAAGAGGAUUUCCUAUCAUUAUCCAACAUAUCGGACGAUUGUCAAUCCUCAACCAUACAAACGGAAAAAUCCGAUACUCAUCCAUUAACAAAUAAUUUGAAACAAAUCAAAAAACAGCAAUAGUUUUCAUUUAUAGAUUAAAAUGUGCAAAAUAAUAAUAACACAUACACCUAGUGCCUGAUGAUUAAUCCUUGAAGCACUUAAAAACAAAAUUAUUC